GAUACGAUCCAAUGACGGAGGUUGCAGAAGAAGAUCAAUCCAGCUUCCCCACGGAGGAUACAACCCGAAUCGAUGUCAUAAGCGUAAAAAUUGGACUGAGCAAGUGCAAGCCCUCCCUAAAUUACAUAUCCCAGUGUCGCCGUGCGAAGCGUCACCCACAUCCCCGGCGAGCCAAAAGAUUUCCGGACCAAGAAAACAAUGCUCCUUCGCCUCCGAAACCUCAAGCCAUCCCCAACCCAUCUCCAAUCCCUCUCCUUCCUCGUCUCCACGAAAAUCCUAAACCCUAAACCCUUCUCCUCCUCCUCCCAUCCCCACUCUGACGCCGGCCCCCCCGAGUGGACCGACGAGAUCCUCUACCUCGACGAGUCCGGAGGGGUCAUCGGCUCCGGCCGUGGCCUCCGCCCCGCCGAACCUGGCCGCGACGACCACAUCCUCGCUGGCGGACUCCGCCGCCCACUCCCACGCUCCGCCGCCGUCUCCAAGCUCGUCGAGCUCGCCCGCCGCUGGCGCUGGGGCCCCGACCUCGACGCCCACCUGGACCGCCUCCCCUUCCCCCCUGACCCCUCCCUCCUCGACUCCGCUCUCGCCGCCCUCCCCGCCGCCGACCCAGAGCCCUCACUCUCCCUCUUCCGCUGGGCGCGCCGCCAGCCCUGGUUCUCCCCCUCCGACGCCACCUACUCCCUCCUCCUCCACCGCCUCGCCGCCGCCUCCGACCUCGACGCCGUCCUAUCCCUCUUCGACGAUGUUCUCACAGCUACCACCUUUAGCGGUGGAGAGCUCACGCCGGCCUCCUUCUCCUCUUCCCUCAACCUGGUCAUCCAGUAUUUGUGCCGGGCGUCGAAGCUCGAGGUCGCCUUUUGUUGCUUCAAGAAGCUCCGGGACCUUGGCUUUAAGGAGAUCACCACCCAGACCUACAAUUCCCUCAUAACCCUCUUCUUGAGCAAGGGAUUGCCCUAUAAGGCCUUCGAGAUCUAUGAAUCCAUGGAGGCCAGCGGGUGCUCCCUCGAUGCCUCCACCUAUGAUUUGAUGGUGCCUUCCCUUGCCAGGUCCGGCCGGCUCGAUGCCGCCCUCCGUCUGUUCGAAGAAAUGAAGACAAGAGAUGGUGGCGGCCGGCCAGGGUUCAGCAUUUACCUUGCGCUGGUGGACUCGAUGGGGAAGGCCGGGAGGCUGGAUGCUGCCAUGAGGGUGUAUCGGGAGAUGCAGAUGGCCGGGUACAAGCCGUCCAUCACGUUGUACGUUUCGAUGAUUGAAUCUUUGGUGAAGUCUGGGAAGCUUGAUGCUGGUGUAAAGAUUUGGGAUGAGAUGAAGGCGGCUGGGUUUCGUCCAAAUUUUGGUCUUUAUACCAUGAUGGUGGAGGCACAGGCGAGGUCAGGGAGGUUAAGUGCUGCCGCCACCCUUUUUGGUGAUAUGGAGAAGGCUGGGUUCCUCCCGUCGCCAUCCACUUAUGCUUGCCUCAUCGAGAUGCAGUCUGCUGCUAGCCAGGUGGAUCCAGCGAUGCGGCUUUACAAUUCGAUGAGCAAUGCUGGCCUCCGGCCUGGGUUAAGUACCUUCACCUCGCUGCUGACUGUUGUUGCUAAAAAAAAGCUUUUGGAUUUGGCUGCUAAGAUCCUGCUCGAGAUGAAGUCUGUUGGCUUUUCUGUGGAUGUGAAUGCAAGUGAUGUGCUGAUGAUUUAUAUCAAGGAUGGGUCGAUGGAUCUGGCAUUGAGGUGGCUGCGAUUCAUGGGUUCAGCUGGAAUUAGGACUAACAGUUUUAUCAUCAGGCAGCUUUUUGAGUCUUGCAUGAAGGCUGGGCUUUAUGAGUCUGCCCGGCCAUUGGUUGAGACAUAUGUAGGAUCAGCAGCAAAGGUUGAUUUGAUACUCUACACUUCGAUUCUCGCCCAUUUGGUGCGCUGCCAGGAUGAGAAGAAUGAGCGAGCUAUAAUGGACAUUAUGAGUGCCACGAAGCACAAAGCUCAUGAGUUCAUGUGUGGGCUGUUCACCGGACCAGAGCAGAGGGGGAAGCCCGUGUUGUCAUUUGUGAGGGAGUUCUUUCAGGGAAUUGAUUAUGAGGUGGAGGAGGGUGCUGCUAGAUACUUUGUGAAUGUGCUUCUAAAUUAUUUAGUGCUGAUGGGCCAGAUGAAUAGGGCAAGAUGUGUUUGGAAGGUGGCCUAUGAGAAUAAGUUGUUUCCAAAGGCAAUUGUGUUCGACCAGCACAUUGCAUGGUCUUUGGAUGUUCGGAACCUGUCGGUGGGGGCUGCACUGGUGGCUGCAGUACACACACUGCACAGGUUUAGGAAGAGGAUGUUGUACUAUGGAGUGGUUCCCCGGCGCAUCAAAUUGGUCACAGGGUCUACACUUAAGAUUGUUGUGGCGCAAAUGCUUGAAUCAGUGGAGUCUCCAUUCGAGGUAAGCAAGGUUGUGCUGAGGGCACCAGGGGAUUCAGUGGUGGAGUGGUUCAAGAAGCCCAUAGUCCAGCAGUUCUUGUUAAAUGAAAUACCCUCAAAAGCAGAUGUUCUGAUGCACAAACUUAAUGUUCUUUUCCCAAGCUCUGCGCCAGAGGUUCGAUCACUUUCUCCUCCAAAGGCAUUGGCCAUGUCAAGGUGAAUAUGUAUUAUAUUUUUCAAUUCCUUUGAUUAUAUUCAUUUGGAAUGCAAGGAAAAUUAACAAACAGUUCAGUCUUGUUUGUGAUACAUUCACUAACUGUAUGUAUGUAAAACACAAUAUUUUCCAAAUGUGCUCAUGAUAGAAGAAUUAUUGUUUA